AUGGACUACCGCCUCCUCGCCACCGCACAGGCGGAUGAGAUCAAAGAAAAAGCAGAAUGGGAAAUCGAACUCGACCGUGUGCCUCUGCACCGGAGGAUCCUACAGCUUGGAGAAUUCUGUGUGUCAUUCGUGCUUCUGAUGGGUGCCUUUCGAGCACUCUUCAUGUUUGCAUACAUAAUGUCUCCCGCCUUGCAUCUCGCAUGGGACAUUGAAAGCAUUCGAUAUCCAUUCAUGGCAGCCGCUCUUGCGUAUAUGCUGGCGAUCAUGCUUCAACUCGAUGCGAUGAGCACUCUAAGAUGGGCAAUGUCAGAGUUCGACUUUGCUCUUGCUGAGACGCUCACGAGACUUCCAAUGUGGUACGAGGAUGUGAACACUCACCAGCUCAGAGCCAUGCUUGCCGACUUUUUGAACCCGGUGCAGAAUGCUGCAGUCCCUCCUACCCCCCAACAUGCCGGUUUCGAGAUUCCUCAGCCUGCAAAUAAUGGUGUGCCCGCGAAUGGCGCACCUCCUGAGUCACCACACGUAAAUGAGAACGUCCCAAUCCAUCGCGAAGCUUCCGGUGGACCUCAGGCCGCAGCAAGCAGCGGAAUGCAAGGCUUGCACGCUGUGCCGCCGAAAAGGAGGCCGAAGAACAUCAAAAUCGUAGGCCAGAGUAUUCAGCGCAGCAAAUCUGGGAAAAGCUCAACACAGCCCUAUGCUAUGCACUCACCACCACGGAUCAGCCCUUACGGAUACAACACGCUCACUCACGGACGGGUCUCUUCUGUUCCCAAACGUAAUGCACCAGUAGCAUCAAACAACGGACCAUUACACACAUCUGGGUCUGGAGCAGCCGCACAGACAAAGGUCGCUUCUGCUAGGCCGGUCACGUUGAAAGUACCCGCAACGAUCAAAUCUCCUGGCGCCAUUUGGGGUGAAUUGGAACCUCGCCUCUUUGAAUAUCAGGCUUUAGUCAGAGAGAUUCAAGACAUUAAGAAGCACUGGUGCUCGUUCAGCUAUGACCUGAAGCCAUUCAAAGCACGUGACACCCUAGCAAAAGCGAGAGCCCUCCAAGCGACAAUGAAUGGAGACCAAGAGCUACUUUUCGUUAAGAGCAGAUGGGGUUCAGUGCCAAUGCUCGAUCCAAUUGUUGCAACUUUGAGCGACCAGAUUUCGUUCUUCGAGACCAGAAUAUCGGAAGCCUCACCGGCAGCUACAAAGAUACCAAAGCAGUACCGCUCUGACGACAACCCUGAAGUCGUCGAGGUUGAGGAGAGACCUGCAAACAUACCCUUCAGAGGCAAAAAGGCCCGGCUAGCUGCCGAGGGACCAGAUUGGGUACACGAUAUGCACAGAAAGAUCGAGGCGGAGCAUGCCGCCGAAUACUGGACACCCGAGAGAUUGCAUUUGAAAGAUGUCGCCAUGGCUGACUACACGCCCCAAGAAACCGUGCGAGAAAUCGACAUUCUCCGACCUAGACUCCGCGCCCUCGGACGUGAAGCCAUGGCACUUGUCGAAGCCUACGCUGGUGUGCCCGCCGAACCGUGGUUUCUGGAAAGGCUAGAAAAUGUUGUCAAAGCAAACUUGCACAUUCCCGAUCUUGUUUUCGACAAGGCUGGCCUGGAAGCGAGAGUCGAUCGAUGCAUCAUUGAAGGUGGAUUGCUUAGUAUCGACGUCUUGAAGCGACUGGACAGGCUCUUCCCAGCAGCAAAUGAGACUCUCCAGCAUCUUAUCGCUCUAGAUGCCUCCACAAAACACAGCAGGACGCUGCCAGAUGUGGGCGAAGACUGGCGAGAGCAAGACUGGCUAGUAAAGAACCUUGUUGAUCAGGCACAGUCCAUCAUCAAAUUUCUCGACAUCAUCUGGGACUAUGCAAUGAAAAGCCAGCGGAACGAUCUUCAGGCGCUGAGAGACCACUUCAAUAAUAUGGUCAAAGAUCGACGAAGGAUAUUCUACGAGACCUCGGACGUUUUCUACCCUCCUGCGCUGGCGAACUUGCAUCAGACAGCUAUGCAGGUUCGGGAACCAGUGCUUCGAAUGGAGGUCGUGCUCGAUAGAGCCACGCGCGAGACAGUUCGUCGCGAGCUACGAGCUGAUCUGGACGAUCUUGUUAAGAGGCUCGAGAAUGACAAGUUGGUGCUCUCUUACUCCAGACAGUGUCAAGUCAGCGGAGUCCGAGAGGCCGUGUAUACAUUUGGGGGAGUCGUUGCGAGAGAUCUCCAGCCUGGGAGAACGUCCAGCGACAACUUCCUAUGCGGCCCGCGAGCCCUCGUGAUCUUUCUGCAAGCCUUUGGUGCGCUGUCUCGAGGUAUUGACGCCGAGAACAUCCUUCUGAUGAUGUACGAGGAUUUCUAUGCCAAACGCAACACCUCUCUGCCCCUGGCGCUCGGAGCAAGCUUCUACCAGGGUGUCGAGAAUGUGUUGAGGCAUGGUUAG